CUCGCAUGCCACAUUACUCUAUUUUUAAAUGGAACUCUGCAUCGGAAAUGUUGUUAAAUCAGAUGUAGCACACCACGAAACAGAGACAUGGCAAACGUAUCCGAUGAAGAUGCAGCGGCGACAGAGAUGUCUCUUUCGUCUAAUCACGAGGACUGGAUCAAGAUUCAGGAAUCGCUGAAGAAGGUAUUGAUCGAAGAAGACGACUUUAAGUGGAAACUUCCCAAUCCCAAAUCAACAAGCUCGACCCAGUCCAUUCCUAUUGAAGAAGAAGAAGAAAGAGAAUUAGAAGAGUUAAAGUAUGUGGGCGGGUUUGAUGUGAGCUUCUCAAAGGAAGAUCCGUCGAUUGCCUGUGGUAGCCUCGUGGUUUUGGAGCUUCCAGGAAUGAAGGUUACUUACCACGACUUCUCUCUUGUCAGGCUUUAUGUCCAUUACGUCCCCGGCUUUCUCGCCUUUCGCGAGGCUCCCCUUCUACUUGAUCUUUUGGAAAAUAUGAAGAAGCAAGCUAAUCAGUUCUACCCCCAGUUGUUAAUGGUUGACGGCAAUGGUGUACUUCAUCCUCGAGGUUUUGGUUUGGCCUGUCACCUAGGUGUUCUCACUGAUCUGCCAGCCAUUGGGAUUGGAAAGAAUCUGCAUCAUGUGGAUGGCCUUACUCAAUCUGGAGUUAUACAACUUCUUAAAGCAAAAGAAAGCAGUGGUGAAGAAUUUGUUACUUUGAUGGGACGUUCUGGGCGCACAUGGGGAGUGGCAAUGAGAUCAACUAAGGUCUCGUCAAAGCCCAUAUUCGUUUCAAUCGGUCACCGAGUAUCACUUGAUACAGCCAUCAACAUUGUUAAAAUGACAUGCAAGUAUCGUGUGCCCGAGCCCAUUCGACAGGCUGAUAUAAUAUCAAGAGAGCACAUCCGGAAGAGUCCUAAUCUGGUGGGUAUCUUGGAGAUUAAAUCCUCAGACUACUAGAGCCCAUACCAUGUUGAUCUCUCCUUUCCCUUGAAAGGUGUCAUAGCAGCAUAAAAAAAUACUUGAAAAUUUGAAAACCUUGUGCUACUGCACUAUAUUAUAUUGUUGUGCGCCACUGUUUUACCAUGCUACUUUGUGCACUUUUUCAUGUAAACAACCUAGAGGUUGCAGUGGCCCGGUGGUAGCUAGGGGUCACAUGAAACAGCCUCUUUAGACCUAUUUUUUUGUGAUCAUGUCAAAAGGUCCACGCUCUUUCGAGCUGCAUUGCCCAAGUUGGUGUAUACUGGUUUGGUUUUGUGUUUUCAGAUAUGCAUUUAGUUUGGUAUU